GUUUAUCAAUAUAACAGUUGGGUCUAAUAAACCUUUAACAUGUGUUAAAGAUAUAAUAUUUGACUAUUUAUACAGUAAACUUAAUACACUCGUGGAAUUGAAAUAAUAAAAUGCAAGAAAGAGAUUCACAUUUUAUUACAGUUAACUACUUAAAUUAAUUCGAUAUAAUUAGACAUUGAUGAAAUAUCCUCUCAACAACCAACCAUGUCUUACAGGUCUUAUGAAUCUUCUUCUACUACGUAUGAUAACGACUGCAGCGCAAGCGUAAUAGGUAUCAUCAUUUUCGGGAGUGUGAUCAUAUUUCUUCUGGUAGUUAUGCAAAUCAGUAUAUGCUGGAUAUGUUGCCGAAGAGACAAUCGCCGUGACGGGGUUAUCAUUCGACCAAUGGAUCAUAUGCAAACAGGUACAGUCCUAUACACAAACAAUGACCAAGUACAGUUUAACCAAACACAAAUUCGAAGUCCAAAUGUACACCAAGCAUAUAACCUACCACCGAUUACACCUACACAUAGAUUUGACGGUCAACAGUGCACGGCUUCUGCGCAAUCAUCCAGUCCAGCAGUUGUACCAGUUGGUCCACUCACGACUAGUUUAACAGCCGAGUAGAUAUCUUCAAUCGUACAACGGGCCAUGAAAGAAUAUCUUCCUUUAUUUUUGAAGGUUCAUGUAAAAUAUCAUAUUAGUUGUAUCUGCAAAUUAAGAUGUUUUAAUUUCAACAUUGUGAAUAAACAUUUACAAACCUCUUGUUCCACAGACAAUGGAGGGUAACUUUCUUUGUUGCAUUGUAUUUAUUGAAAAUAGAUUUAUUUUACUUUAAGUAUUUUACGACAAGGAAUCUGUCGUAUACGUUAUUUUAAAAGCGCGGAAUUUAUGAUUCGAUAUUGGACGUUAUCGGAUAUAGUAAUUUGAUACAUAUAAUAUCUUUUGACAUUUCUUGUAUUCAUCAUAAUGGUUCAGAGGAUAUAUGUUCAACCUAACUGUGAUUAGAAAAAAGUAUUCAAACUUA